CAGUCAUGUCAUCUGUUACUGCCAGCACGUCGUGAGCUACAGGGGAAAAGCAGAAAGAUCCAGAGGAACUCCAGUGGAGCAGAAGAACCAUGGAGGUAAAGAGAAUAACACUGAUCGUGAACCUGUGGCUCCUCAUUAACCUGAAUCAACAGCAUGGAUCUGCAUUCAAUCUGGACGAUACCGUCGUUCUGAGGAAAAACGGAGAGGCUGGGAGUCUGUUUGGAUUCUCCCUUGCAAUGCACCACCAACUCAAACCUACUGACCAGCAAUUCUUGCUGAUCGGUGCUCCACGUGCGAAAGCCUUACCCAGUCAGAAAGCCAACAUAACCGGAGGUCUCUAUCGCUGUAAGUUCACAACGCAGAGUGAUGACUGUGAACGGAUCCCUGUAGACACUGAAGAUUCGAGGCCAGGACAGGGAUUUGACCAUCGGGAAAACCAGUGGAUGGGUGUACAUGUGAAAAGCCAGGGUCCAGGAGGAAAAGUGGUGGUUUGUUCUCAUCGCUACCAGCAGUGGAUAAGGGACAAUCGGCUGGUGCUGGGCAGAUGCUUCAUCCUGGAACAGAACCUGAUUGUAGAAGACACAAGGACGUUUUGCCGCAAUCGGGAUAGUUCAAAGGAGCAGUUUGGUUACUGCCAGCAGGGCGUCUCUGCAGCUUUCACCGGCGACAAGAACUAUAUUGUGUUCUCAGGGCCUGGUGCCUACGAGUGGAAAGGUACUGUCCGUGUCGAGCCUGUCGACAACUUUCUUCUGGACGCCUACGAAACCGGAGACCAGAGCGAGUUUAGUGAAAGCCGCAUUCCUCUGACCCUCAGCAGCUAUUUAGGCUUUGCUCUGGACACUGGAAUGAAUCUGUUAAAGAAAGAUGAGCAGGUUAUAGUGGCCGGAGCUCCACGCUCCAAUCUCAGUGGUGAGGUUCUGAUCUUAAAGCCUGCAGCUGAGGAGGCUCAGGUGGGUCUGAGAGUAGCUCACGUCCUCCAUGGCCCGGGACUGGCGUCCUCUUUCGGCUACUCGCUGGCUGUAACGGACCUCAAUGCAGACGGAUGGGAUGAUCUUGUGGUCGGUGCUCCUCAGUACAGCAUGACGGAUAUAGAGGCAGGAAUAGGUGGCGCUGUUUACGUCUACAUAAACCGACGAGACGGUCGAGACUGGGACAAGUUACAGCCAGACAUUCUUACUGGAAAUAAAGGCUCCAUGUUUGGACUAGCGGUAGCAAACACCGGGGAUGUCAAUCACGACGGAUACAAUGAUUUUGCAGUUGGAGCACCUUAUGAUAACGAUGCCGAUGGUGCAGUGUAUAUUUACUUCGGCAAAAAUGGACAUUUUACACAGAAAGACUACCAAGUUUUACAGGGUAAAGCCCAUCGAAUCAAACUGUUCGGCUAUUCCCUGGCUGGAAACAUGGAUAUAGAUGGGAACGGCUAUCCAGACUUAGCCGUGGGCUCACUUUCUGACAGCGUACUCGUCUACAGGGCUAAACCAGUGAUUAGCAUUGAGAAAUCCUUGACAUUAACACCCAGUGAGAUGGACUUCAAGAAAAUUGACUGCCAGAAAGAUCACUGCCUUAUUACAGCUGAAUCCUGCUUCUCCUACACGACCUAUCCAGCGACGUAUAACCCCAAACUGCAGAUUGUCUACAAGCUGAACGCUGAUGAACGCUGGGUUCAGGAAGGUCAUCAGUCCCGUCUGGUUUUCCAGAACAAUCAUGAAGGAAACACUGUGCUCCAGAAACAAGGUCAAAAACAAUGCGUCCAAAGCAUCCUCCGUUUCAGGGAAAACACAGAGAACAAGCUUACAGAAAUCCCCGUCAGUGUGUCGGUGUCUCUGCCGCAGUACAGUCCUCCUCAGACGCUGAGCCAAAGCUCUCUAUCUGCUCUCCAGCCAGCGCUAAAUGAUCUCCAGCCUCGGGAAAGCACAGCAAAACUUGUGUUUUUGAACCCUGGCUGUGGAAGUGAUAAUAUCUGUCAGAGUAACCUGCAGCUACAAUACAGCUUCUGCUCCAAAGACCAACAUCAGGACUCAUGUUCACCACUAGCCAGGGAGGAUGGAGUGGCAGUAAUCUCCCCCGGCGCUGGGAACACGGCCCUGGAGGUCACUGUGACCAAUCCAGGAGGAGAUGAUGCUCAUCUCGCUCAACUGGUUGCAAACUUUCCAGAAUCUCUACCGUUAUCAUCAGUCAUCCUCAAUCCAGAUAGUAAAGUGAACGUGCAGUGUGACGUGGAUGCGAGUAAAACCAGAGUGGAAUGUAAUCUCGGAAAUCCUUUCCAAAGAAAUGCAGAGGUAACGUUUUAUCUCUUGCUAAACUCUGACCGUCUGACCCCGAGCAUAACGGACGUCAACGUGACGCUGGAUCUCCAGACGAUCAGCGUGCAAAAUAUUUCCGAAAUGGUCGCAGAGGCUCGGGUUUUCUUUGAGCUGUAUCUGCAAGUGUUCGGACUGGCCAAACCUUCUCAAGUAUACUAUCGAGAAAUGAAGAACAACAAAUCGGAUGAGGUGAUCGGAGAACCUGUUCAGUAUGAGUUUACAAUCAGUAACAUGGGUCGACCUCUGAAGUCCUUUGCUUCCGCGACCCUCAACAUCCAGUGGCCAAAGGAGAACAAAGCAGGCAAGAAGCUCCUGCACCUGCUGCGGAUCACCGGACCGAACAACCAGACCAUCCAGUGCAGCCCCGACUCAGAAAUCAGUCCUCUCAGACAAGCUCAGGAGGUGAUAUCAAGAGGAAAACGUCAAGCAGAAAAUGAAGCCAAGGCCUCAGCUUUCAGCACUGAGGGACUUCUGUCCUUAUUCGGGAGCAAAAGACAUUACAAAUAUCUGAAGUGUGAUGAUGAAUUAAAGUGUGUGGAUAUCCGAUGCCCCCUUAAGGCUCCGGACAGAACUGCAGUUACUCUUCACUCACGACUGUGGAGCAACACUUUUGUUAAGGAAUACAGCUCCUUGAAUUAUCUGGACAUUGUCCUGAACGCAUCUCUCAGUCUUGAUGGAUCUCAGAAGAACAUCAGGCUUCGGGAGUCUCAAACACAGGUGAGACUAACAGUGUUCCCAGAGAAGAAGCCGACUUUUCUCAGUCGAGUCCCCUGGUGGGUGAGUCUGCUCAGCGUGGUGCUCGCACUGCUGCUCCUCAGCCUCCUGAUCUACUUCCUGUCCAAGCUGGGAUGCCUUGACUGUGCGUUGUGUACAGAAGAUAAAGAAUAUCAACCCUUGAGUGUAAAUCACACCACAAAAUAAAAUCUUUGCAUGAAGACCGACAGAAAAGACUUUUGUGCUUCCGCAUUGUAAUGUCAGUACUAUU